AUGGCUCAGAUCCGUGAGCUUGUUGAACUGCCUCUGCGUCAUCCUCAACUGUUUAAGAGUAUCGGUAUUAAACCUCCUAGAGGUAUUCUGAUGUUUGGUCCUCCUGGUACUGGUAAGACUUUGAUGGCCCGUGCCGUGGCUAAUGAGACUGGAGCAUUUUUCUUUUUGAUUAAUGGUCCAGAGAUUAUGAGUAAAAUGGCCGGUGAGUCGGAGAGUAAUCUGCGAAAGGCAUUUGAAGAGGCCGAGAAAAACGCUCCCGCCAUUAUUUUCAUUGAUGAGAUCGAUUCCAUUGCUCCUAAGAGAGACAAGACUAAUGGAGAGGUCGAGCGAAGAGUCGUUUCGCAAUUGCUGACUUUGAUGGACGGAAUGAAGGCCCGUGCUAAUGUGGUGGUGAUUGCUGCUACUAACCGACCCAACUCGAUUGAUCCUGCUCUUCGUAGAUUUGGCCGUUUUGAUCGUGAGGUCGAUAUUGGUAUUCCCGAUCCAACUGGCCGUUUGGAGAUUCUGAGAAUUCAUACCAAGAACAUGAAACUGGCUGAUGAUGUCGAUUUGGAGGCUAUUGCCAGUGAGACUCACGGUUAUGUGGGUUCGGAUUUGGCCUCGUUGUGUUCAGAAGCCGCUAUGCAACAGAUUCGUGAGAAGAUGGAUCUGAUUGAUUUGGAGGAGGAGACGAUUGAUGCCGAGGUGUUGGAUAGUCUGGGAGUUACAAUGGAGAAUUUCCGAUUUGCACUUGGUAUUUCGAACCCAUCGGCCCUUCGUGAGACUGUGGUUCAAAGUGUCAAUGUCACUUGGGACGAUGUUGGAGGUCUUGAUAAGAUCAAGCAGGAGCUCAAGGAGACUGUCGAGUAUCCAGUUUUGCACCCCGAGAUGUAUACCAAGUUUGGUUUGUCUCCAUCAAAGGGAGUUCUCUUUUACGGACCUCCUGGUACUGGUAAGACCUUGCUUGCCAAGGCCGUGGCCACUGAGGUGUCUGCCAAUUUCAUUUCCGUUAAAGGACCCGAGUUGUUAUCCAUGUGGUUUGGAGAGUCGGAGUCCAAUAUUCGAGAUAUCUUUGACAAGGCCCGUGCUGCUGCUCCAUGUGUUGUUUUCCUUGAUGAGUUGGAUUCCAUUGCCAAGUCGAGAGGUGGAUCCGUGGGCGAUUCCGGCGGUGCUGACCGUGUUGUGAACCAAUUGCUGACCGAGAUGGACGGUAUGAAUGCCAAGAAGAACGUGUUUGUGAUUGGUGCUACCAACCGACCUGAUCAAAUCGACCCUGCUUUGUUGAGACCCGGUCGUUUGGACCAGUUGAUUUACGUUCCUCUUCCUGAUGAAGAGGGUCGUUUGUCGAUUCUGUCUGCUCAACUCCGUAAGACUCCUUUGGAGCCUGGUCUUGAUUUGCGGGAAAUCGCCCGUUCUACCAACGGAUUCUCGGGUGCCGAUUUGUCGUAUAUUGUUCAAAGAUCGGCCAAGUUUGCCAUUAAAGACAGUAUCGAGGCCAGUAUUGCUGCCAGUCGUAACGGAGGCGACGAGUCCGGUGCUGCUGAUGCCGGUGCUGAAGACGAUGUCGCUAUGGAGGACCCCGUUCCAUUCAUCACCAGAGAGCACUUUGAGGAGGCCAUGAAGACCGCCUCGCGUUCUGUCAGCGACUCGGAACUCCGCCGUUACGAAGCCUAUGCUCAACAACUCCGUACCUCCAGAGGAACUGCCACUUUCCGAUUUAGCGGUGCCGCUGCCGACUCUUCAAGCGGUGCUCCCGGUGGUGCUGCUGUCGGUGCCGAAGGUGAGGAUGACGACCUCUACAGCUAA